UCAGUUAUUUUUAUAAAAGAGUAACAAAACUUUUAUACAUACAUAGUUUCGUAUUUACGUAUGUUUGUAGGAUACGGAAGUAUGUUCAACAUGUAAACUAAAAAUUAGUUUUUAAUAUACCAGGCAAAGUCGUAGUCAUUAGUUAGUAUCAUGAUCAAACAUUAAUGGACUAGCAACUGAACAGACGUCAGCGUACGUAUUUGGACAGCACCAAAUACAGAAAAGCUCUACAUAGCACUAAACUACUAACGUAAUAUUCUUUAUAGAAAAGUGUAAAGUUAGGUCUAUUAUUAAAAACUGCUUAUAACGUAAUAUAGACCAAUUACCUCAGGUGUUUAAACUAUUUCGUAAGCACUCUUUUUAAUAUAAAGGAAGGGUUCUGAGAUGUGGAAUUAAUUAGUAUUUUUUAGUACCUAAAGCAUAACGAACGAAUAAUUGCUAGCAAUAAUGGCGCACGAAAAUUGGUCUUAUUCACCAUCAUAUACACCGCUCUCACCACCAGCAUCUGGAAGGAUGAGUCCUACGAGUGUGCAAAGAAUAAUAAACAAUAUGGAAAAUGAAAAUCAACGAUAUGGUGAUAUCAUCAUUAACCAACAGAAGAAAUUGUAUUCGAGCAUUCGGACGGUAUCGCAUGGAGCAAAAGUGAUUCGAAUAGAAAUUUACGAUGCGGAACAGUUUGAAAACUCUACCAAAUCUGUGUGUCAGUGUAAUGCAGAAAUUUGUGCUCAACACGUUGUGGAAAACGUGUUUAAUGAUAACAUUUAUACUCGAGUUAAAGAUAUUAUCAAAAGUAUAGGAACUAUUUUUAUGUCUCAACCUUUUUAA